AUGACUAUUCAAGAAACCGAAUCCCAAAUUGUUUUAACUCAUCCAGACAAUAAGAAUACUACAGUCACUAUUUUGAAAUAUGGUGCUACCGUUAUUUCUUGGAAAUUAAACGGUAUAGAACAACUAUGGUUGUCUGAUGCAGCAAAACUAGACGGCUCAAGACCAGUCAGGGGUGGUAUCCCAUUGGUGUUUCCUGUCUUUGGUAAGAAUCAAAAUGAUGAAUUGGUCAAAGAUCUACCACAACAUGGUUUGGCUAGAAACUCUACUUGGGAAUUUUUAGGUCAGGUUAAAUCUAAUCCAUUAACUGUUCAGUUCGGCCUUAAUGAAACAAUUGCUAAUCCAGAGAUGACUGCUUUAUGGAAGGAAAAAUUCAACUUAAUUCUUACUGUGGAAUUGGGAUCUGAUUACUUGAAAACUGCCAUUGAGGUAGAAAAUUCUUCCAACGAAAGAGAUUUGAAAUUUAAUUGGUUAUUCCAUACCUAUUUGAAAGUUCCAGAUAUCGAAGAUACCAUGGUGUCUAAUUUAACUGGCAUGAAAUGCUUCGAUUCAUUGAUCAAGGAAUCCUUCGUUGAUAAACAUCCAGUUGUUAACUUCACUAAAGAAACUGAUGUAAUCUAUCAAAAUAUAGAUCCAGAACGUGUUAUCCAGGUCGUUAACCAAGGUAAACCAAUUCACACUGUCAAGAGAAUCAAUUUACCAGAUACUGUCGUUUGGAAUCCAUGGAUUGAAAAAUCCGCUGGUAUGGCAGAUUUUGAACCAAAGAAUGGUUAUUUAGACAUGCUUUGUGUUGAACCUGGUCACGUUCAUGAGUUCGUCAAAUUGGCUCCAGGUGAAAAGUGGCAGGCUACACAAAUUCUUUCGAAAGAUGCUUUAAAUUAUCAAGCUAUCUAA